GGUCCUCGCGCACGUCUCACGUGGGUCCGAGCGGAGUGGAGGUCCCGGUUCGUGAGGUCUCGACUUGCCUCUCCGCCGGCAUGGCAGCAGCCGACGGAGUGCUUCCCCACGUUCCCGAGUCCCGGGCCGCCGUCCCCACGACGUCCUCCAGACCCCGCCCAGCCCAGUCGAGGCGGCAAGCAGCGACCAAAAGAAAAUACCGAGCGUCCAGUGAGGCUCCCCCAGCGAAACGGAGGAGUGAAACAUCAUUUCUCCCGGCCAAGAAAACCGCUGCUAAAGAAACUCCAAGGACUUCUAAGGGGAAGGCACAGAAGACGUUUUCUCCCAAGAGGUCUUCAGCUGGUGCGAGUGAUGGAAACCAGGAACGGAAACCGGGCAUUAAGACUUCAUCCCUUUUUAAAAACAACCCUGAGAUUCCAGAACUCCACAGACCUGUAGUAAAGCAGGUGCAAGAGAAAGUGUUCACUUCAGAUGCUUUUCAAGCCCUGGACCUCCACCCACAUCUAAUUUCCACAAUAAAUACGGUCUUAAAAAUGUCUAGUAUGACCAGCGUUCAGAAGCAAAGUAUCCCUGUGUUGCUGGAAGGCAGAGAUGCUCUCGUGAGAUCCCAGACUGGCUCAGGUAAAACUCUUGCCUAUUGCAUCCCUGUGGUCCAGUCUCUUCAAGCAAUGAAAUCCAAAAUACAGCGUGGUGACGGCCCCUAUGCUCUGAUACUAGUGCCAACAAGAGAGCUGGCCCUACAAAGCUUUGAUACUGUCCAGAAACUGCUUAAGCCAUUUACCUGGAUUGUGCCUGGAGUGUUAAUGGGAGGAGAGAAGAGAAAAUCAGAAAAAGCCAGACUCCGGAAAGGAAUAAAUAUCCUCAUCUCAACUCCCGGACGCCUCGUGGAUCAUAUUAAAUCCACAAAGAACAUUCAUUUUCGUCGGAUCCAGUGGCUGAUUUUGGAUGAAGCAGACAGAAUCCUGGAUUUGGGUUUUGAAAAGGACAUCACGGUGAUACUCAACGCUAUAAAUGCCGAGUGCCAGGAACGACAGAACGUCUUGCUGUCGGCAACACUCACGGAAGGUGUAACGUGGCUAGCUGAUAUCAGUUUACACGACCCAGUCAGUAUUUCUGUCCUGGAUGAAAGCCAUGACCAGUCGAACCCAAAGAGCAAAGCCAUUCCUGAAGCUUCUCCCCCACGAGCUAGCGAUGAGCUGGACAGCUUUGCCAUACCAGCGAGCCUCGAGCAGUACGUGACGGUGGUUCCCAGCAAACUGAGGCUCGUCUCCCUAGCGGGCUUCAUCCUGCAGAAAUGCAAGUUUGAGAGAGACCAGAAGAUGAUCAUCUUUUUCUCGAGUUGCGAGCUGGUGGACUUCCACUACAACCUCUUCCUCCAGACCCUGCUGAGCGGCUCAGGGGCCCUGGCCCCAGGUGGGUUGCCAUGUGCCUCCACGCGGUUAAAAUUUCUGCGGCUGCACGGCAACCUGGAGCAGGAGGAGAGAACGGCAGUGUUCCAAGAGUUCUCACAUUCCAAAACAGGGGUUCUUCUCUGCACGGAUGUUGCGGCUCGGGGCUUAGAUCUCCCUCAAGUCACGUGGAUUGUCCAGUACAACGCUCCGUCUUCACCUGCUGAAUACAUCCACCGGAUUGGGAGAACCGCCCGGAUUGGCUGCCAUGGGAGCUGCCUGCUCAUUUUGGCUCCUUCGGAGGCAGAAUAUGUCAACUCGUUGGCUUCUCACAAAAUCAAUGUUUCUGAGAUAAAGAUGGAAGAUAUUUUGUCUGUUCUGACACGGGAUGAUUGUUUUAAAGGGAGACGAUGGGGAAGCCAGAAACCCCGCUCCGUUGGCCCCCAGGAAAUCCGAGAGCGAGCCACGGUCUUGCAGACAGUAUUUGAAGAUUACGUGCACUCCAGUGAGAGGACGGUCUCCGGGGCCAAGAAAGCCCUGCAGUCCUUCAUCCGGGCCUACGCGACCUACCCCCGGGAGCUGAAGCACAUCUUCCACGUCCGAUCGCUCCACCUCGGGCAUGUGGCUAAGAGCUUCGGGCUAAGAGAUGCCCCUAAAAAUCUCAGUGCCUUGGCCACAAAGAAGAAGAAAGCAAACCUGAAAAGGCCUGACCUUCAUAGGAAGACCCAGAGUAAACAGCGCCUUGCUGAAAUCUUGCGUUCCGAAUACUCCAGCGGGAUGGAGGCCAGCGUCACCAAGGUCAGAGAGCAAAACAAACACGCAGGGCCCAGCAGCCAGCCUCGCGGCGCCGUCCGAAACCAGCGCCCAGCCUUGGCCGUGGGAACAAACUAAAACCGAAAGCCUCACGGAGGGACAGCGAGACUUCCCAGAAAGUAGUUUUAAGCUCUGCCCCCGCGGGACUGGGCCUCCGUGGAUCCCGGAGGGGGCGUCCUGUUCUCUUCCGAGGAGCCUUGUGAGGACGAAGGGUGCCGCCCCCCCUGCAGACCCGGUGACCUGGUGACCCGGUGACCCGGUGCGGUGCCGAGACACGCCGCAGCCUGAGGGGUCAGGGGGGCGGGGGUCAGCACGGGAUGGAUUAGCCGCUAACCUGCCUUGUAGGUCUCUCUCUCGGAUUUAUUCCAUCAGUGCCCGUAGACCACGUGGUGCCACCACGACUUCGUGUAAAAGACUAAUGUCCUUCGCUGCAGCCGGGAAGGGAUUUGAUCCCGCCUGGCGAUGACAUUCUGAAGAAGUUUCACAGUUUACUUCAAGCUGCCCUCUCAAUGCAUAUAUUGGCCUGAAUUUUGUAAAAUGAGAUUUUAAAAGCUGGAUUGAACCGCUAAAAGAAGAGAAAAAAACUAUUUAUCAAAUCAUCUUCUUGGUGUAUAGAUGCUUUAUUAAAACGGACCAAAGGAGCAUUUGGUGUGGGUCC